AUGGCUCACAGCAGCAUCGGCAUGUUUUCCUUGCUUGCUGGCUGCGCUUGCCUGUGGGCCCUCAGCAGCCAGCUGAGCUUCGUGAACUCGCCCGCCACGAAGCGCGAGAUCAACGUGGUCCGGUACGAUGAGAUGCCCGCGGAAAGGCCAGGCUACUACCCGGUGGGCAACGCCAAGCGAACAGCACCUUACGGUGAACGCGACCCCCUCCCAGAAGGCUAUGGUAUCCGCACUGGUCUGUCGGACCUGCUGAAGCCAUUGAACGCGGAGGCUGGUGUGGUUGCCAAGGAGGACAGCAUUCCGACCGUCCUCGUGAUGGUGUUUGGAAUCGUGAUGCUCUUCCUCUUCUACUUGCUGCUGUUGCUCCUCGACAACCAGUCUGUGCUGCUGCCUCCCGAGGAUGAGUUCGACGAGUACGUGGCCAACUUCCUCCCGUACUUCUUCUUCGGCGAGAAGUGA